GCUGGGGUGGAAAGCGAUCCUGACCCCGGGGACCGACACCACACCCAUGUUUCUGUGUGUGUGUACGUUAGAAAUGUGUUUGCAGCAUAUGCUCUGCUCUGCUCCUAGUUUUGCUGUUCUUUGCAAAAGAGACGCUGCACAUUGAAACAACUGGUCAACGUCAACAUGAGCAUCUACACAACGCCGUCCCCUGCGAAUCCCUCGUCAGCUGGGACGCCUUCGUUUCCAGAGCUUGUGACCAAGAUAGGUGCAGCAGCCACAGACCAUGGAGACUGGGCCGCCUUAAUUGGAGGUAUCGUCAGUGCAGUGUUGUUGGUAAUGAUUUGUACAAUAGCAGUGAUGCUGUGGUGCCUGUCCAGGCAAAAAGGCUCGUACGUCACCAACGAGAACGAGGAUGAUGAUGAUGAUAUUGACAACAAUGAUGAUGAGUCUGUCGCUUCUGAUGCGGCACUUCAAGCCAAAGAACCUCUCAAACUCAAAGGCGAGGAGUAAACUCAAAAUGUAGAAUAGUAAAAGCAAAGCUUUGUAGCCUGAUUAUGGCAACAAAAUGUGAAAUUUGUUUUUUUGCAAGAGCCUCUUUGAAAGCUGCACUGAGCAACUUUGCACAUUAGCAGGGAGGAUGCUAACCCCGCAUUCCAGACACCCUGCUGGUUUGGUCAAGCAGACUACCCUCAUAGAGUUUUAACCAAAGUGUAGCAGGAGCAAACUUUAAACACCUUUAAGCUGAGUAACUACCUUAGAUUAAUUAUGAUUGAAUUUUUCUUCAUAUAAAUUGUGCUUUUUUAUUUUCCUUUGAAGUCUAUAAAGUAAACUUCCUUUAGAUCUUUCUCCUCUUAUUUUGCCUUGUGGACUGAAUCAUAGGUCAAAGAUGCCACCUGCUGUUAGAAGUCAUUUUUACAUCGCAACAGGCUUCCUAUCAGGUUUGUCUGCUUAUGACUUCCUGUAGAAAAAGUAGCAGAUGUUAAAAAAUAGUUUUUGCUGCUUUCACCUGCAUCGUCCUUUGUAAUUGUUGCCUGUGACCAUGUGGGUGGGUCUUUGUGAGUGCAUGUAUAGACGUGCAGGUUCAUGCAUCUGUGCAGCGUUUACACCUCUCGUCAGCUGGGAUCGGCUCCAGCUACAACACGACCUUCUAUAGAAUGAGCAAAUGGAUGGAUACCUCCUUUGACAUGUCAAGACUUACACAUCCGAGGACUUCCACAUUCUCCUAACAUAAUAACAUAAUAAAAAAUACAUAACGCAUUAAACAAAGAAUAAAUUCUAAUGUCACCAAACACAUUUAACUUUACAUAUUUUCCUUAUAGGUCCAUUUAUUACAAACAGCUUGUUGACAUUUCGGUCCCUUGCUACAGUACGACAUGAAAACAAGCACUUAAAGACGACGCUUGACUUACAGUUAUCUGUGUUGCCUGCUAUGUAUGAUAUUGCCACUUCCUGCACAUCAACUGUAUGAAAGAUGAAAGAACAGCUACAUCACAGGGUGACCUUAUAAUAAUUGAUACGUGUAUGUUCAUAUGAAAUAUGAAAAAGACUUCAUUUUUGUCCAAAGUUUGUAAAUCAAUGUGCAUUUUAUAACAUUUACAGACUUAAAGUGAGUGAAAAAUAAAUGGUAAAGAAUGAGACGA